AUGAGCCGCGCCUACCGCGAGGCCCAGGGCGACAUCAUCUGGAUCAUGGACUGCAACGUCUGGGUCGGGAAGGGCGUCUGCGGUCGCAUGGUCGACAAGCUCUGCGGGUUCGGCAAUGGUUCCGGAAAGAAAUACAAGUUCGUGCACCACCUCCCGGUCGCUGUGGAUGUGACGGGGGCCGCCAGUCUGCGGGAGGAACGAGAGGCGCUGUUGGAUGCGUACACCCACUCGACCUCGGGCACGGCCGCGGCGCGCGACGAGGCUGCCCUCUGGAUCAAAGAACAGCACGAGAGCCCGCUGGCGACCGGGGGAGGUCGUCUGGAAGAGUUGUUUCUGUCGUCGUCGCAUGCGAAGAUGUACACGGCCAUCAACACGGUGCUCAUCGCCCCGUGCAUCGUGGGCAAAUCCAACAUGUUCCGCCGCUCCCACCUCGACUACCUCACCACUGCAUCGCCGCGGGACCCUCACAACUACCGCCCGGGCAUCGACUACUUCUCCGACAACAUCUGCGAGGACCAUCUGAUCGGCGAUCUCCUGUGGAAGAACCGUGUUCGCGAGGAAAAGGAGCUCGGCGAGCGUCUGGGCAAGCAUGCCAUGGUCUUUGGCGACCUUGCGUUUCAGCCGGUGGCCAAUAUGAGCGUGCGGGCAUACACGGCGCGCCGGGUGCGGUGGCUGCGGGUUCGCAAGUUCACGGUGCUCCUGGCAACGCUCGUCGAGCCCGGUACCGAGUCCAUCGUUUGUUCGUUGUACGGAGCGUACGGCUUCACGACCUCGCUGGCGCAGUAUCUCCACGGGAGGGGAUGGGGAGUCGCUGAAUACAUGACAUCGUGGUCGGCCUUUUUCGCGUUCUUCGUUCUCAGCAUGGUGGCCUGGAUCCUGGUCGACUGGACGUUGUAUAUCAAGCUACAUUCGGCCAAGACGGUCGAGCUGGACCAGGACACUCCGGUGUUCGCUCAGCCCCCACGUCGAGGUUCAACGACCCGCCACACGUUCCGCGAGUGGUUUGCGGCGUGGCUGGGGCGCGAGAUGCUUGCGUUCCCGAUCUGGGCGUGGGCGUUCUACGGCGGCGUGACGGUGACCUGGCGGGACCGACGGUUUCGCGUCGGACUCGACAUGAAGGUGCGGGAGAUCGACUGCGACAAGACGAUCCAGUCGGAGGGGUCUUACUCCCGUGGACUGUCUCAGUUCACGGGCAGUGGUAGCAGACAUGAAGAUCGGGACAAGGUCCGGCAGGACUAA